AUGGAAAUGGCCGUAUUUAAACCCGUGUCUUGCGGCGCCUUGUCAUCCCGACCCCUCUCCGUCAUCAUGAGGCUUACGCUCAUCCUCCUCAUCGCUCUUCUUAUCCUUGGCGUUGCUCUCGCAAAGAAGAAGAAGAAAGGCCGAAAAGGCAGUGAGGAAUGUAAAUGUGGCUCCGGGAGUAAGGAAAGUAAGAAUGGAAGUGAGGAGACAGAGUGCGAAUGUGACGUGAGCAUACGGGAGAAAGGAAGCAAGGAGAAAGGAAGCAAGGAAAAAGGAAGUAAGGAGAAAGGCAGCAAAGAAAAGGGGAGUAAGGAAAAAGGAAAGAAGAAGAAAGGGGGAAAGUCCGAGAGUCGAGAGUCUGGGGAGGAUGGAGGAGAAGUUAUCCCCGAGGAGGAAGAAAUGACUGAGUCUGCCUCGGGGGAGCGUCCACAGGGAGCGGUUGUUGACACGCCAGCCCUGAAAGAGCCCGACGCUGAGGCGGAUUCACCAUCGAUUGUGAGUGACCCGACGCCUGCGAGUAGCGGCGCCACGACAGGGUCCUCCGACAGUACAGCUAGCGCGGACUCCGACUCCACCGACAGUUCUACAACCGACAGCACUGCAACAACAACGUCUAGUAGUGAUACCACAACCGACAACGCUGAGACGAGUACACCUAGUAGUGAUGCUACAACCGACAACGCCGAGACAAGUACCUCUAGUAGUGAUGCUACAAGCGACAACACCGGGACAAGUACCUCUAGUAGUGAUGCUACAAGCGACAACGUAGAGACGAGUACCUCUAGUAGUGAUGCUACAACCAACAACGCUGAGACAAGUAGCUCUGGUAGUGAUGCUACAACCGAUAAUGCUGAGACAAGUACCUCUAGUAGUGAUGUUACAACCAAGGCUGUUCCCAACAGUGAAAGCAGCACUACGGAAGCAAACGAAGGCCCUGAUACUACGACGGUCGCCGAAGACGUUUUGAAAGAAGACGCCGCAGCGUUGGCGCCAGAUGAAGAGGACCAACCACCAAGCUUGACGUCACCAACCCCACAGGUUUUGGCUUCAACAGCCGUCAUCAAAAUAAACGAAGACGACGACGCAUGCGCUAAACUCACCGGAAGGCGAAGGAGGAAGUGUCUGAAGGAACAGAAAAAGCGGGCAAAAAAGGAGAGAAAAGAAAGGGAGAAAGAGGAAAAGAAGAAAAGAAAGAAGGAAGAGAAAGAGAGAAAGAAAGCCGAGAAAGGAAAGAAAAAACGACGAGGGAGACGGAAAGUGGGCUUAGAACCUCUGCGCCGUUCCCUACUGGCCUCUCGCGCGUCACGUGGCCACAGUCUGUUGCAGCUUUUACGUCAGGCAGUUUAA